AUGGAUCUAGCUACAGUAAUCGAGCAACAACAAGCAGCAAUUGCCGAGUUGAGGAAGGCAAUUGCGAACGUAAAAAAGGCUCCAUUGGAAAGAAGAACGGUGGAGUUCUACAGCAAAAAGCUCAAGGAAAUGGAAGCACUCUGGGCAGAGAUCGAUCGCAAUGAAAACAAAAUUCGUGCAGAUCCUGCGGCAGAGUCACAUCUCCAUAUCACCAAUAACGAAUACCAAGUCAUUGGUGAAGAGUACAGAGCUGCAAUCGACAACAUCGAGGCAGACAUCAAAAGGGGCAAAGAACAAAUGCCUCAGAAACCGCUUCCCGCAACAAGGGAGGGGGUGCAAAAACAAUCAGGCCAGUUUACUGCAACCAGCAGCGUGACUGCAUUAGUGAGACGUCAGAGGGCUCUAAUGCAGUCCAUACAAACGUUAAUAAGGGGCAAUUCAGGCCAAGCUGCUCCCUGUCAGACAGUGGCUGCAAUUGAAAAACUGUGGACACACGUGGAAGAUAUCCACUUCAAAAUGUUCGAGGACUUUGAUGACCCAACGUUGGUGGGGUACGAUGCAUCAGCCUACGUUCUCUUAGAGGAAGAGACGUUAAAGUUCAAAGAAAAAAUAUCGACGCUAACACAGGUCGAUCAUUCGUCGUCUCAGCAGAGAUCAGGCGGAAACUUGGCAAAUCAAGUUAAUCUGCCAAAAAUUACAAUCCCUCAAUUUAAUGGGGAUUAUUCGAAGUGGCAGACGUUUGCUGACAUUUUUGGGAAAAUGAUCAACGAGCAAGCCUUGCCACAAGUGCAAAAAAUGUGGUAUCUCAAGGCCAACGUGACUGGGGAAGCCGAGAAACUCAUAAGGCACCUCGAGUUGACCGAGGCGAAUUACGACAUUGCCUGGAAGACACUCCAAGACAGGUACAAUAACAAGAGAGCUCAAGUGUCAACUAUACUUGAGAGAAUGCUAAACCUGCCCAACAUGUCUGGCGAUAGCAGAUCAGUGAAGGACUUUCAUGAUAGUCUUCAUGAAUCGUUAUUGGCAUUGGAGGGUCUUGGAGUAAGGCCAAAGGAAUGGGAUCCACUCUUAAUCCACAUCCUAACAAAGAGGAUGGACAAGACUACUCAUGUGUUGUAUGAGCAGUCGAUUGUAGAUUCGAAAGAACUCCAAACGAUGGAUCAUUUCAUGAAAUGUUUGAGGAGUCGUUUCGAAUCAUUAGAAGCUGUCAAUGGGAUUCAGAAGAGCAAACCGUCAGCAACGACUGCUUCCACCACGAUCCGUAGAUGUCACAUGUGCAAAGGUGACCACCCCCUAUAUUACUGCAAACAGUUCUUGGCAAUGACAGUGCCCGAAAGACAGAAAUGGGUUGCUAGACACAAGAUGUGUCUAAAUUGCUUCAAGGAUGACCAUCAGGCAAAAACGUGUACAAGUGGGAAGUGCAGGAAGUGUCAACAAAAACACAAUACACUUUUGCAUUUUUCAACGAGGCCACAAGUAGAGAACAAGUCAGCAGAUUUGUCGGUUCAACAGCCGCCAACAGUAGCAUCGGCGAAUAGAUCCCAAUCAUACGUACUUCUUGCAACCGCACGUGUUGCGAUCAAGGCAAAUAAUGGAAGAAGCUAUGAGUUUAAGGCGAUUCUGGAUUCCGGUUCACAAAUUAAUCUGGUGUCAGAACGACUAGUGCAGAGGUUGGGUAUCGAACCCAUUCAAACAUCUCUCUGUAUCGAAGGUGUUGGAGGUAGAUCAAGAACCGCAAACCACAGGGUCAACGUGGAGCUUAAGUCACUCACCAGCAAAUUCAGAACACGCCUAGAAGCCUUUGUGUUACCAAAUAUAGUGCCACCCCAACCAAGCACUGAGAUCGACAUCGCAUCAUGGCCUAUUCCAGAAAACAUAAAACUAGCAGAUCCCUAUUUUUAUCAAACGACCAGGAUUGACGUACUACUUGGAGCAGAGUUCUACUUCAACCUGAUUCUCUCACAAGAACUUCGAAUGUCCAAAGAGCUUCCUAUAUUGAAGAACUCAAAACUAGGAUGGAUUGCUAGUGGAAGAGUUCAGGCUGAAUCAGAAACUGUGACAUGCGCCGUUUUCGGAGAAGAUGAACAUGCUUUAGAAGAUUUAUUAAAGAUGUUCUGGGAACAAGACGAUGUUUGUGAAGACCAGAAGUUGACAAUAGCAGAGGAACAGUGUGAAAAUCACUUCAACCAAAAUACAACAGUGAAUGAGAAUGGUCGGUUUGUGGUGCGAUUACCGUUUGCAGACGGCCCUGAGAAAAUUUCUGAAUCCUUGAAUAUUGCAGCAUCAAGAUUCUUUGCGUUGGAACGUCGCUUAUCUAAGGAUGCAAGUCUUCACGAGCAGUAUGCUAAAUUUAUGAAGGAGUAUGAGGAUCUGGGACAUAUGACGAAAAUACAAUCAAGAGAGGUGCGUGGUAAUCAUUACUAUAUCCCGCAUCAUUGUGUCCUACGCCCAAAUAGCAGCACAACAAAACUGAGGGUUGUGUUCGAUGCGUCUUGCAAGUCAUCAUCUGGAUGGUCACUCAAUGAUAUUUUGCAUUCAGGUCCCAGGGUUCAAGGAGAUCUGUUUGGAAUGCUGUUGCGGUUUAGACUGCCGAGAUUUGUGUUUACAACAGACAUUGAAAAGAUGUACAGACAAGUGCUAGUCGACAAAAGAGAUCGCAAAUAUCAACUAAUCGUAUGGAGAAACACUCCAGACAAGGAACUCGAACAUUACAUGUUGAAUACGUUAACAUAUGGUACGACGUGUGCCCCAUAUCUUGCUACAAGAUGUCUGAAAAGUUUAACAACGGCAAUUGAGAUGCAGAAACAAGUUAAUAUGUUACUACUGGAAGCUGGAUUUAGACUACGAAAAUGGUGUGCUAACCACUUAAAACUGCUGCAUGGAAUUCCUCCAGAAGAUAGAGAAGUAGAUCUCAAUUUUGACAAAUCAUCAACCAAGGUUUUGGGAUUAACAUGGAUUCCUCAAGCAGACCGAUUUUGUUUGAAGAGUGAUGUGAACGAAUGCACCAAGGUCACCAAGCGGAAGGUCACAUCUGAUUUGGCAAGAUUGUUUGACCCCUUAGGAAUUGCGGGUCCUGUGGUGUCAGCAGCUAAGAUCUUUAUUCAGCAACUGUGGAAGAAUAAACUUGGCUGGGACGAGGAACUGCCAGCAGAAAGGGCAGCAUAUUGGCUAUCGUUCCGAGAAGGUCUGAAGAUGUUAAAUGAUUUCAGGUUACCCAGACACAUGUUUGAUGGAGAGAAACCAACAAAAAUUGAGAUACAUACUUUCGUGGACGCGUCAGAAAAGGCAUAUGGUGCUGUGGUGUAUCUUCGAGCUAUGCUGCCAGACGGCAGGCAUAUAGUCAGACUUCUUUGUUCAAAAUCAAAAAUAGCACCAAUAAAGGAGAUCACGCUGCCACGGUUAGAGCUUUGUGCCGCUGAAUUGGGAACAAAACUUACUGCUAAGGUCAAAGCCGAAUUGGGUUACGAAGAUCUAAGGACUAUUUAUUGGUCAGACUCAGAGAUUACAUUGUACUGGAUCAAUUCAGAACCAUCAGCUCUAAAGACGUUCGUUGCCAACAAAGUAAAAAAUAUACAAGGCAGAUCGAUAAACACUCAAUGGCGACAUGUGGGGACGAAGGAUAAUCCUGCCGAUUAUAUAUCCAGAGGUAUGAAACCAGAUCGUCUGUCGGGAUGUCUGAUGUGGUUUUAUGGACCCACGUAUCUACAUGGAAAUGAAUCUCUCUGGCCGGGGCCCUUCUCAAAGAAUAGAGAAAAUCAAUCCGAUCUUGAAUUCAAGACAAAAUCUACAGUAUCAGCAAUUGCCUCACAGAGUGGGUUACAGGAUAUGAUCUAUGGAAUCAACCACAAGGGUUCAUUUAGACGAUUACAACGUAUUGUCGGUUAUGUCCUGCGAUUUUCAGAAAGGAUAAAGGGACGCAAGCAUGGAAGUUCGACAGAUGUAUUGACACCUAUGGAGUUGAAUCAGGCGAUGCAACUAAUAGUCAAGACCGUACAGGUGGCAGAUUUUGCGAAAGAAAUUCAGCAAUUGAGGAAACAUGGAGCAUUGGACAAAUCAAGCUCCAUACAUAGUUUAACUCCGUUUCUUGAUGACAGAGGAAUACUUAGAGUCGGUGGCAGGUUGGAAGAGGCAACCUUAGCAUACGACACAAAACACCCGAUGUUGUUACCAUACAACGAUCCAAUUGUGAAACUCAUUCUUAGCAUGAUCCAUUUAGAGAAUAGCCACUGUGGCUCACAACUAUUACUGGCAACAUCAAGACAAAAAUAUUGGAUAAUCAAGGGGAAGGCUAUGGCUCGCAACAUUGUGCAAAAUUGCGUAAGGUGCACCCGGGCGAAGCCAAAGUUAUACAACCAAAUCAUGGGAAAUCUCCCACCGAGCAGAGUCACACCAGCAAGGCCGUUUAUUGUCUCCGGCGUUGACUAUUGCGGACCGUUAUGGGUCCACUACAAAAUACGAGGCAAGAGACCACACAAGGUUUACAUCGCUGUCUUUGUCUGCUUCGCAACAAAGGCUGUACAUUUGGAAGUAGUUACAGACCUAACAACGGAAGCAUUCAUUGGAGCAUUGAAGAGAUUUAUCUCUCGGCGAGGAAAAUGUCAAACCCUAUAUUCAGACAACGCGACUAACUUUGUAGGUGCUAAAAAUCAGCUCGAUGAAUUCAAUAAGGCUGUCUUUGGGGAGAAAGGCAAAGAAAUAAUAGCGGAGACGUGCUCAAGAGAAGGGAUCGAUUUCCAGUUUAUUCCCCCAAGAGCACCACAUUUUGGUGGCUUAUGGGAAGCCGCGGUGAAGUCAGCCAAGCAACUGUUGCUUCGCACCACUAAUAGUGCAUCAUUAACCCACGAAGAGUUGGAAACAGUUGUUAUUGAAAUAGAAGCAAUCCUGAAUUCCCGACCGUUGACUCCUAUUUCUGACGAUCCAAAUGAUCUAGCUGCAUUAACACCUGGUCAUUUUCUUGUGGGAGAACCGUUAACGGCACAGGUUGACCCAUCAGCGAACCGAUCGUCAACAUCAUUGACAAGCAGAUGGAAGGUCGUAUCUCAAAUUAGGCAUGAGUUUUGGAAACGUUGGUCCACGGAGUACUUAAAUACUCUGCAAGAAAGAAGGAAAUGGAGUACACCAUCUCCAAACGUGGAACCUGGUCAAUUGGUCAUUAUUAAGGAAGAUAACAUGCCUGUAAUGCAGUGGCCGCUAGGCAGAAUAACCCGAACAUAUAAGGGCAACGAUGGAGCCGUUCGUGUAGUCGACGUAAAGACACAAAACGGCGAAAUUAAAAGAGCUAUAACCAGAUUAGCUCCUUUAUGGAAAAAGGAAAAGGAACCUCUUCCGCCUAUAGAGACCAAGAGUAGGAGUGAAGAGCCAUCUCCAAAGCGAUUGAAGACGUCAAGCAGCAUGCUAGUAUCGAUGAUGCUUGUGGCUUUACUAUUUUUACCUCUAUGCUUGUGUCAUUCGUUCAACAUACACAAGUUUGAGAAUAAGCCCGGCAUCUAUUUGAAGGAAUUGGAAUCACAAAAGUAG